AAAACUUUAUGCAGACAUGGAUGACAAUUCCUUUAAGUUCUUAAAAAUAAAAAUGGAGUUCCUAAUGAGGAGGAUGUUGUGAUGUGAUGGAAAGCUCCAGAAAAGCUGCCGAAUUCAUUGAUAUGGAUAAUAACACACACACAGGUGAUAACCCUGCUGUGCGUUUGUCCUCCUCCUGUGCGUAAAGUUGGAGUUCAUUCCAAAUAGUUCCCUUUUUAUUGGACUGAAUGUGUAAAUCUGAUCGCAGCAACUCGUCUGGAUUGAUGUGAAAUGUUUCCUCACAGAAACUAAAUGUUGUUUGAGUUCAUAGAGUUGCAAUGCAAGUGAAGCUGGGCCAUUAACAGUCAGGCAUCUCUGAGUAUUGUGCUGAUUAGAAAUUUAAACAUUUAAAGGUCUCAUGUUACGACACAUAUACAUCAUGAUAAAUGCUCCGAGAGUUUCACAUACAAUCACCAUGAAGUGUUAAAUUGAUCAAGUCACCGCCUGAUGUCAUUCUCUCCUCCUGUGACAUCCAAACUCAUGCUGACAGCCUUCUGUUACAUAACUGACGCACACUUUGGAGACGGUGAAAAACUGUUUCUCUGUUCCGAGUAAACAUUUUUUCUCUGAGAAACUGCCGGAGCUCUCAUCUUACUCGGCGCUCCGCCGUGCAGUAGCAUCUGCUCGGUCACUAGAGGGGGGGAUCUGCUGCACCUGUUCUCCCUAGCACGGGCUCCGCAUCACUUCGGCUCCGCUCGGCUCUCCUCGGCCAAGAGUGGAGGCUUUUCUGCUAUAGGAGAAUGCAAAUACACCGCUGUGGUCUCCUCCCAUUGGCCCGUCACACCUCUGUGUGGGAGGGUCGAAGGGGCCACGCUGUCUUUAUAAGAGCAGAUUGCCUUCCAGCGGCUCAGUGACACUGCGUGGUUGCACCGUGAAGCUUGUAGAAACAGUUUGAGGGCCGAUAGAGAGAAAAAAAACCAACUGGAAUUUAUCACCUCUUGCAUAAUAACACACAGUCAACACGUAAGGUCAACAGCGCGCCCCUGUGAGGGGGGACAGGACCGUGGGGACCGAAGCUGUCAGUAAUCCGCUGGACUGACCACAACAAGGGGACCAGACUGUCCUGACCCUCCGUGUAGGAGCACUACCUGCAGUUUGAUCUCACGUGCAUGUGAACUUUGAAAACUUCUGCACGUGCCAUUCCAUUCCAUUUUGUUUUUUUGGAUUCCCGGGACUUUUUACUUUAAUUUUAUAUUUUUGGCACACAUUUUACGCACGCUUGCUGCUGCGUCCUGUGACUGUCACACACAGCCUCAUCUGAUUUGUGUGUAGAAACUUUCGAACCGGGCCAUGCUGCAGUGACUUCAGCCCCCGCCGCUUUGCUUUUGGGACUUCAUGAUCAAGUUGUAAACAGGAGGAGGAGGAGGAGGAGGAGGAGGAGGAGGCGAAGAAGGAUGCUUGGAAAAUAUUUAUAACGCACGCACCGAACGGAGGAGACGAAAAAUCUUUUUCGUGUCACUUGAUCGAGCAGAACCGAGGACUGUAAAUCAAACGGAGGCAAGUGGGCUGCAGAGGUGAAGCGAGGACAAGACAGGUUGGUGUUUCCAAAUUCACCGGGCUCGAGUUUCAGCCGCCCCGGGGGCUCCUGGUAUUAAAGCGUGCAUUUGACCUGGGAUAAGUUGUCAACAAGAGCAGCGAGCAGGGGGAAACUGGCAGGUGUACAAGUUCAUUUACAUGCAUACGUAUAUUCACGCCACUAUAUAUAGAAGUUGUCUUAGGGACAAGCAGCCUUAAAAAGUUUCUCCACCCACCCACCGGCCCUGCAGCAGCUCUACGCACCAGGCGUGUGUCUAUAUAUAUAUACACACCAUCCAGGCUUUUAUUCCUCUUCGCAAUCUGUAUCCGAGAGGGCUGCCCGCCGUCGGUUUGGCUGUGAGGGCAGGAGUCGUCGCAUGGACUGAAAUGGCCACCGACCUCGCCAUGAGCGCAGAGCUGCCCAACAGCCCUCUGGCCAUUGAGUACGUAAACGACUUUGACCUGAUGAAGUUUGAGGUGAAGAAGGAGCCGCCGGAGGCCGACCGCUACUGCCACCGCCUACCGUCGGGCUCUCUGUCCUCCACCCCGAUCAGCACACCCUGCUCCUCCGUGCCUUCCUCGCCGAGCUUUUGCGCCCCGAGCCCGGGCGCGCAGCCCAACCAGAGCCUCACCAGCGGGGUCAACAGCAGCAGCGGCAGCAGCAACAACAGCAGCGGCAACAACAAUCACAGCAACGCGGGCAAACCUCAGCUGGAGGACCUGUACUGGAUCCCCAGCUACCAGCACCACAUCAACCCCGAGGCGCUCAAUCUGACCCCGGAGGACGCGGUGGAGGCCCUCAUCGGUAACGCGCACCACCACCAUCACCACCACCAGGCCUACGAGGGCUUCCGCGGGCAGCAGUACGUCGGCGAGGAUCUGUCCACGGCCUCGGCGGGCCAUCAUCACCAGGGCCAUCACCACCACCAUCACCACCACCACGGCCACCACGCCCGCCUGGAGGACCGCUUCUCGGACGAGCAGCUAGUCAGCAUGACGGUGCGCGAGCUGAACAGGCAGCUGCGGGGCUUCAGCAAAGAGGAGGUGAUCCGCCUGAAGCAGAAGAGACGCACCCUGAAGAACCGCGGCUACGCGCAGUCCUGCCGCUUCAAACGCGUCCAGCAGAGGCACAUGCUGGAGACCGAGAAGUGCACCCUGCAGAGCCAAGUGGAGCAGCUGAAGCAGGACGUGGCGCGCCUCGCCAAGGAGAGGGAUCUUUACAAGGAGAAGUAUGAGAAGCUGGCCAGCCGGACCUACAAUGCCGGUGGACCCGCGAACACGAGAGAUCCGUCCGGGAAACAGGCCAACAGCGAGUUCUUCAUGUGAGAGACUGAUGAUUUGUAGCAUAGACUCUGAAUUACAGCCCCAAACAUCCUCCUUACAUUAAUUUAUAUUUUUCUGCGUUUGUGUUUUGUUUACAGUUAUUCCCUCCACAGAAAGACUUUGAUAACUCGAACAAACACGCGAGCAUUAGAUGCAUCCUGAGUCUUAAAGAUGUUUUUGGUUAAACUUCUGUAAACUCAGCUCAAACCUGUCAGGUGCGCACAUGGGAUCAUGGGAUCACUUUAGCCUGUAGACUUUUCUCUGGUGCAGCAGAACCUGGUCAGAAGUCUUAUUGAACCGGUCUGACAUGUAACGUGACUGUCUUAAUUCAGAGAUGAUUUUUGUCUUAAAGCUGAUCGAAAGAAUGAUUUUUUUUUUUUUAAAGAAGGAAAAAAUCCGAUUGGACUGAAAUAGAAGCAGAAAAAGCAAUACACCGCCUCUCCUUCGUGGCUCCAUGAAAGCUCUGCAGACUGUUUGUGUGUGAUGGAGAGGCGGUCUGUGAUGCAGAGAAGAGACCUUUCAACGAAAUAAUACUAAUAAAUAUUGCAAGUCUAUAGUUUCCCGUCCCUAUUUGCAACCCUGCAUGCAGGACAUGUAUGGUAACCUCCAGUCAUCUUCCCAGAAUCCUUCCACAUGUUAUGGAAAGCAUGGCCCACGGUUCUCUCCUCCUUCUUAACGCUUCUCCUCCUUUCCCCUCCAUCCAUCCAUCCUUUUCACCCCCUUCCUCCUCCGCCAUCAGUAAGGCCUGGGUAUGCAAAAAAAAAAACAAAACACAAAAAUGUCUCCCCUCCAACCUCCUUUCUCAAUAAACCCCCCAUCCCAUCCCUCGGAGAGGUGCAAGGACUGCGGACAAAAAUGCAACUGCGAAACAUGGAUGCGUCUUUAACUGCUAUUUUCAAUCAAUUUUUCUAUUGUUUUAAAAAAGAGGAAAAAAAACGACAAAAAGAGAUUAACUGAGCCAGAUUUUAGACUGUAUUUAUUUCCACCUGUACAUAACGUGUAGAGAAAAACAGUUACCUGUGUUAUUUUACCUUUUUUUGUUUUGUUUUGUUGUUGUUGUUGUUGUUUUCUCUUUUUAAAGAAAACCUGCUUUUGUUGCUUGGAUUAUUCGAAAUGUCUUAAUACAAAAAAAAAAAUGUUUGUAUGUUACAGCAUGCAAAUCGUCUAUGGUAUCCUCCUCCUACUGAACAUGUGUAAUGUCAAAGGCAAGCCUAUACUGCACUAAGAAGAGAUCAAACUGGACAAACGUUUUGUUUUCUACUAAUAGGACCUUUGAUCUGUUACUAAAAAAAAAAAACCCUGGAUGUAAAUUAGAUGAGGUGGAAGCCUCAUUCAUUAGAUGGACAUGGACUGCGUUCGCUGCUAAAACUCUAUGCACCAACCUGAUGAUUAAAAUGACUUAGUUUAACGGUUCUUUCUUUCUGUUGUUUGUUUUUUUACUUUGGAUAUUCGUAGACGAACAUUUCAAGGGCCUGUGCUGGUUUUACUCGGCAGCCCGGUGUCUUAAUGAGAUCUUGUGUCUGAUAGGAGGAUGCUUGAUUGUUUUUUUGUUUUUUUUCUGUUGUUGUUUUUCUUGGAAAAAGAGGAGACUUUGCCUGGUGGUAGAGCUUUACUGUUCUCGGAGUUAACUCGAUGCAUUAUUCUUCUGUCAACAAAAGAAAUCCCUGGUUCGUGUGUUUUUCUGCUGCCUAGAUAUAUGUGCAAUAUUGUGCAGAAGUGAAGCGAUGCUCGGUCUUUACCUGUUGAACGGCGAAAACUUGCAGGGGAAGAGACUUUGAAUUAUGUCACGUUUCGAUCCGAAUGCCACAGAAAAACAAAAAAAAAGUGAGGUGAAUAUUUUUUAACGCCCCCCUACCCACCCCAGAAAAGUCCGAUCUUUUAUGUGAGCCAAAAAGAACAAAAACACAAAUUUAAUCUCAUAAAUUAAAAACAAUUAGGCACCAACAAUUUUUACACUCUCUUUGUUUUAAUCCGAUAUUUCCGAGGAGGUUUAUAUCCUCGAAUUUUAGUAAUAUUUCCUAAAGCGAGUGGAGCUUGAAAAUAAAAUUUGAUUUUAAACGACUGCGAAUAAAUCAAUAAUAUAUAUAUAUUAAAAAAAAGGAAAGUCGACUUCUGCACAGUGCUGUUAAUGUAUAUCUGUACAUAUAAUUUCUAUAUUUAUUCAAUGAACGUGUCCUAACGUGUCAACAAGUGAAAAACCUACAAAGUGGAACGUUGUUGAGAAUCUUGUUUUCAUAAUGUUUAAUAAAAAGUUCUGUCCCAAA